GAUCGUGUGGGUGAUGUCACCAAGCAGGUUUUCAAAGAGGAGGUGGUGGGAGGAGCAGCGACGCCUGGACUUCAGUCCAGACUGUUUUAAAUAGAGUUCAGGAAGUCAAACACACACACACACACACCUGCUGAAUCUCACAGUACCUGUAUCACAACCUGAAAGCCAUCAUGAAGCUGGCAAUCCUAAUGGGUGUUUCGAUGAUCCUUUAUCUGUCUGUUGCUUUGGCUGAGAAUACUACGCCCGAGCCCAGAGAGCCUGACUGUGAGCAAUACCUUGGCGAUAUGUGCUCACGGGAAUACAUCCCUGUGUGCGGAGAUGAUGACAAGACAUACAGCACAGUGUGUAUGCUCUGCCAUGACAACAAGGAACUGAAGCAGCACGUCCGUGUCAAGUACGACGGGGAAUGCAAGAAGACUGCCUAAGCAUUGGUCUCCUGAUGGACAUCAAUGGCCACAAGCACACAAGCCUACAGCAGAAUGUUUCCAGCAAUUUUUUUAGCAUUUCUCUCUCAGUUCAAGUCUUCCAGAGUCUUCUGCUUUUUGCUUCAGCUCUGUAACCUCAGUGUGCAUGUCAAAUGAGACGUAUGGUAAAGUGCAAUAAAGUUAUGCAGCUCUCAA